AUGGAAAAUCCCCACGGUCGAGUGGGCGCUGGAUCUGAAACGAGUGGGAUCCCCCUUACCCGUGGGAAAGAAGCUAACCAAUGGGGUAAAUUGGAAAACCUAUCCCGUGGACGUGAGAGGUGUUCUGCUCUCUUCUGUGCUCCAUUCAGGGCAAGUGGGGUGGAGAAAGACACACGAUGGAGCAUGUGCGGCGCUUGCCCCGUUCUGUCCAUAGGCUGUGAGUCCGUCGGUCGCUCUCCGCCGGGUGACUCCACUGCGGCGUUCUUCGUGAUGGGUUUCCAUGAUCGAUGCAGGCUUUUGCAGCGGAUCAGUCGACUUGUCGGAUACUUUGAUCUGGACUCUAUGGUUGGCAGUGACUGCAAGUCAAGGGACUAUCAAACUGGAACGCCUCUGAUCUGUGUGGAUGAAAUUUGA